AUGCCCUCUCUUACGAACAUGGCCUUGCAACACUGCAUUUCAGCAGCACCAGCAGGAGGCUUACUCGGAGAAAGAGUGCCAGGGCUACGUCAAAGGCCUGUAUCGUCAACUUCAUCCCCUACAGGCGAGGAAGCUGAUAAAUCGACGGACAAAACCCAGAAGAGCUUGAACGUCGGACUCCUGAGUGAGGACUCUUCAACGGAGGAGAAAUGGGCUCAAGGAGUGAUCGAGGAAGGUCGAAGCGAUGCUGCUGCUCGUGAUUUGAAUGCCCCAAAUCCUCCACAGCAAAAUGAUGGGGAGAAUCAGCAGAGCAGGGUCAACAAGGAAGACAAUAAAGCAGGUGCUGCGUGCAGCCCGGGAUGCAGGAAAGAUUGGUUAAAAGAUGGCUGGUGCGACACUCUUUGCAACACGGAGGCUUGCAACUUCGACGAAGGGGACUGCACGGGAUGGUGUUCGGGGGACUGUAAGCCCUCAUGGCAAGGUGACGGGCUGUGUGAUGCCGCAUGCUAUGUAGCUGCAUGCAACUGGGACGCAGGCGACUGCGCAGCGUGGAAAGAGCAGGGAGUCCAGCCUUUGGAACGCAGAGCUUUGCAGCAGAAGCAAAAAAUGCUGAAGCAGCACCGACUUCAGCUUCCAAAAUGCAAAUGUGAACGCAGGUUACUCGUCAACGGAUCGUGUACCCCAGAAUGCAAUGUCCCUGAGUGCCUCUUCGAUGGCGGCGAAUGCCUUGAUAUGUGUAAUGCUAACUGCUCGAAGUCCUGGCUGGGCGAUGGAGACUGUGAUCGCGAAUGCGAUAAUCCCGAAUGCGGUCAUGACAAAGGCGACUGCGACAGCAAGACGAAUGCCUCGAUGCAAGCCAUUCGUAAGAAAAACGGCAACAAUAAAAUCUGUGACUCAUCGUGCCGGUUAUGGAUGAUUGGUAAUGGGGUCUGCGAUAGCCAGUGCAACAACAUCGCGUGCGGCUACGACUCUGGGGACUGCGACAACGUCACUGCAGUAGUCGAGGUAGAUUACUCUGUAAAACCUGAGGCGGUGUACCAAUUUUGUGCCAAAGAGUGGAUUGGAGAUGGGCACUGCGAUCCUAAUUGCUACAACAAACCCAGUAGGUGGGAUGGGGGCGACUGUGAGGGUACAGCACUGGAGAAAGAGCAGGCUGCAAAGGGUAUCGGGCCUCAAUUUGACCAAUGA